ACCUUGCAUUUUCCCUCUCCCCGCUUCCCAAGCGGCUGAGCAGGUACGUACCCCGCUUAGCCGCCGUCUCCCGCGGGGAUCUCCCUCCUUCGCAGCAGCUCUACCAGGAGGACGGUGGUGCGGAGCCGCGCGGAAGAGCCGGUGAAGCGGAGGUGAUGACUGCCGAGAGCACCGAAGCCAACGGCCCCAUGAGGAGCCAGGACGCCGCGGGCAACAAGCCGCCGGCUCCGGCCGCCCCGUCGCGGCGCCGCGGGCGCCGGCGGAGACGCAAAGCGCCGCCGGAGGUGGCCGUGAAAGGGCAGCUCCGCAUGCGCUCGCCGUCCGGGGUCUUCGUCAUGGUGGGCAUCUCCGUCGUCUUGGUGGGCAUGACGAUCGCUGUGGUGGGCUACUGGCCUCACCGGGCCGGGGCCCGGGCUGGCUCGGGGAACGUCAGCAGCUCAGGGGAUGUGAGGAAGGAGGUGGCUCACGCUCGCCAGUUCCCCCACAGCGAGAAGCUCAAGCUCAUCGGCCCCGUCAUCAUGGGCAUCGGGCUCUUCAUCUUCAUCUGCGCCAACACCAUGCUCUAUGAGAACAGGGACAUGGAGACCCGUCUGCUGAUGCAGAAGGGCCUCUAUGCCAUGACCACGGGCCUCCCCGAGGAGGCCGGCGCUGAGGACAAGUACUGCCAGAGGAGGGCCAGCCAGCCCACGCUGAGGGCCAGCGCUGAGUGCGUGGAGGGCUGCUACGAGGUGGACCUCACCUCCAGUGUCUUCCAGUCUUGCCCCAGCCCCAGGAACAAGUGGGCUGACUGCUACGGACCCAACCGGCUCCAGACCACAGCCCAACUCCUCCACCACAAAGCUGUGUCCCCCUCCGUUUCCCUCCUCAGUGUCCACUCGGGCUCUGGCAACUCCACGGAGGGAAACCUCAACCUUUCCUUCAGUCCUGGAGCCGAAUCCCUCAUUUCUUCUGCUGUCAACGCCCUGGCGCUUCCUGUGAUCAAGCUGAACAACUGUCUGCUGGAGACCGCAGCUGUGUCCACAGGGGCUGUCGAGAAGGCAGAGGGGAGCCCUGCCGAGCCCGUCGAGGAAAUGCAGAGACCUUCUUGGGCUCUUCUCGCCCACCGCAGUGGCAUCUCCCCAAGAGGACAGGACCACCUGGGCAACCAUGUUGUCAUCAACGUGGACGGUGGCUGCCCAGUUCCCCCUGCUGCAGAACCACCCCUGCCCUCUGAGUGCGCCGAGAAGGAGCCCAGCUCGGACUUGCAGCUCCACACCCCAGGACACUCCAAGUCCCUGGACCUGGGCAGGCCUGGGGUGCUGCUGGUGACUCCCAUCAAAGACCGCAAAAACCGGAGCUGGCCUCGGCUCGACCACCUCAGCCUGAGGACGGUGCCGAGAGCUGGAGCCUGUGAGCUUGGAAAGAAACCAAGAGCAAAGCAGUGGAGUGGAGCUGCACGGGGGAUCCCACGUCUCUGCAGGGACGAUGGGGCUCAUCCUACCGGCAGAGGCAGGAGGAUUACUGUGGCCAGGAACCCACCGGAGCUGAAGGGACUUGGGUUUCAUUCCUGCUCUUCUCCACAGCAUCCUUCAAGCUUAGGAGGAACAACGUGGCCACUGCUGGUUUGUGAGGACCAGUGUCCCCAUGGGCACCACGGAGAAGCCCGGAGCGGGACAUAUCUCUUGGUAUCCUCCAGCAAGGUGCCUGGGAGAAGCUGGUCCCUCGGGAUGCUCAGGGAGGAUAUGUGUCCCAAGGUGCUUUGGAGAGCGUGAGGUGCUCAGACAUUAUGGCAAUGAGCAUCACGGACUGAUUCAUUCCCAUGGCCAAGAUGAGGGAGGCCCCAGGCCACCGGCGGUGCCUGGCUGACGUUCAUACCCACCGCGCCGGCUGGGGAGGAGGUGUUGGAGAUGCAGCAUGCUCCAGGAGUGAGCUGGUCUCCAGAAACAGCUCCAGGCCAAGCAGCCAAGAGAGAGGGGAAGCGUCUGCUGCCUGUUUUCAAACGAGAAGUUUUGUUCUGGCCGGUUCUUUCUGAGUCUUUUUGCAGUUAUUUCCCUGCUUUGAUUUACCCCGGAGGAAGGAGGCAGGAGGACCAGGCUUGUGGCUGUGCAAUGUGCAGCAGAGGGAGACACUGUGCCUUGCCCAAGUCCUCGCUGUCAUGUAACGGCCGCAUCACCAAAGCCCCUCUUAGUCCUGCCUCGGGCACUCUGUCCACCGCUUCGCUCCUCUGCACACCAGCGACCACCAGCUCAGCCCCGGCCCCGCUGACAUGUCCCUGUGAUGACCCCGGUUGGGUGAAGCAACCCAGAACCUGGGUCACCGCGCAGGGUGGCACCCAUCGGCGCCGGUGCUGGCCCCCACCAGCCUCAGUCUCCCUGGGCGAAGAGCAUCUCGCCACCAUGGGGAGGCCCGCGGGAGGCCUUCGCGGGGACAUGACAGCGCGGGGACAUCUCCGACCCCAUCCCGGCGUGCUCCUCAAGAAGCUCACAUGCCGAACGUGAUGCAGCAGGGCAACGUUGCAAUAACCGAACCAUUAAAUUUAGCUUUUGAGCGACCGAACGCGCUGGCUCCUUGCGGGCCGGAUGCUUCCCUUCUGCAGGGCUUCCUCCCAUGGAGCCUGCGAGAGUUUCGCUGGAGUCACGACGGCAGAGUUUGACCCGGUCGUUCUCCGCACGUUCUCCCCCCUGUGAAAGCAAAGCUGGUCCUGCACCGCCCGCGGCGGCGUUGGAGUGCUCUGCGCCGAUUUGAGCCAAGGUAGCGUUUUCCACAACAUGUUCUCUUCCCUUUGACAACUUAGCAUGUUCCAUUUCGUUUUGCAUUUUAUUUUUUUUUUUUUUUGCAUUCGAAUUUCUAUCUUGUCUUCCACACGGGGACAGUAUCUGCUGCGCGCUCCACUGCCCAGGGCAGACAGAGUCUCCGGCACGACGGGAGCCUUUGCCGCGGAACAGCAGCUCAGCCCGGGGGCCAAACCUGCCUCUUCCCUGUAAGAUUCUCCCCCCAACACCUUUUUUUCCCUUGUUUUCUUUGGGGAUGGGAGAAGCUCCGCGCUGCUCCCUGCCUGCCGUCACCGCGAAAUCCUGCCCCGGUGCUCGACGAGGCGGGAGCAGUGCAGAGCAGUAACCGAAUAAAAUGCGUUAUUUUAAUUAA